CUUUUUGAAGAAAAAAAAAAAUAAAGCAAUUAUUAAGAAUAAAAUAAAAUGGAUCAAAUUUAAAAUAGCAACACUUUUGAUAAUAAUUUAAAUGAAUUAUUUAUCAUAAAAAAUUAUAGCUAAAGAUGCAAUAUUCAUGGUCAAAGGUUAGAUAUUUUGUAAGUAGAUAACCACUCAAGUGAACAAAUGCUCAAGUGCAUAUAUUGUAUAUAAGGCAAAUCUGUUAUAUUUCUCCCUCUGAAGUGUGUGCUUGAAGGCUCAACCUUCUUGAAAGGAUGGCCCAUAUUGGAUGACUCUAAGAUCUAUGAAUAACUUCUGCAGAUACCUAAAAAAGAUGAAUUAUUAAAUUAAUACAUCUAAGAUGUUCAAAAUUUUUACAAAUUUUUAAAACAUGAAAUUAAUUUACUGAUUGACAAGAAGGAAAAAGACUCAUUAAUGAAUAUCUAAAAGAGAUGCGAUAGUUUUGAAUAUCCAUUGGAUUUAUACGAUAGAAUUUCUUAAAAAGAAAAACUUAAAGAUAUUAUAAUCAAUUAAUGCCAAGAUUUUCACAAUUAAAAUUAAGCAUUUUCUCAAAUUGUUAAAGAAAACCUUUAAAAACAAGAAGCUUAUAUUCAAGAAAUGAAUAAUUCUCUUAACACAUUUUAAAGUUAAGAAAAUAGGAAUAUUUUACCGGUUUCAUAAAAUUUAUAGGACUAAGGAAAUAGUUAAAUGAAUUAGAUUAAAUAAGGAGAAUUAGAGAUGCAAGAUAAUGUUGAAAAUAAUAAUAUUGAAGUAGCAUAAAAUGAUUUACCAGCUUAAGACGAAAUAAUUGAAAUAGAUUCACUCUAAGAUCUUGACACAGUUUAAAAUUUCUAAAAUAUAGUAAUGGAUUUUAGUAAACUAUACUGUAUGCAAAAGGUUAAGUGA